AUGCAGGUAAUCUUGUCUGGAAAGGUAGCAGUUCCUACGGAACGACAUAUAUGCCGUAUAUGAUGUCGUUAAUUGGAAAAUGACUGUGUCUGUAUCGCGAUCCUCAAUCACUUUCGUUAAUUUUUUAAAAUGCUGGGGUUUCGUGUAUUCUCUCUGGCUCUUACUAUCUCGCUUCUCGCCAGCCUGAGAGAUAUUUCCACAGGUAACUAAUGACAAUAUUGUUAAAACGAAGACAUGGAGGCUGAUUAGCUUUUCCCACUAGAUGCCUUUGUUGCAAAUGGUCGAAGGGAGCUCCCAUUACUCAAUACUACACAAAGUCUUAACUCACGCUCAUUUGCAUCAUCAACAACAUUCAAUUCUCCCAAGGCUCUCAUCACACCAUCACCAGCUGCCAACCUCACAAGGCAUAGGAUCUCCAAAAAUGCAACGUUGGAAGCUUGUUCGUCGUUUGUUUCUACUAGGCAAGGACUUGGUUUUGGUCUCAAGCGCGGAAUCAACGAAGGAGUUAGAGAGGAACAGGCCGUAUCUCCCUCGAUAAGAAAUGCGAGGAUUUGUGAAGUGUAAGUACGAAUAGUACCGUUUAGUCACUAUCACUGACACGUUUUCUAUCAGAGAUGGUAUCACGGUGCAGCUGGUCUACUUCCCAACGAGCACUGCUUCCAAGAAUGUAUCCCAUCCUUCUACGUUACUCGUGCCAGGUUUGAACAAAACUUUGUAUGUCAGUUCCAACUUCCCAGAACAUGCGUAUCAAUAUUCUAAUCGAGGGUUGAUCAGCACUUCUCCCUCGGUAUAUAUGCUAUGGCAAUCAAUCACCGCACACGACGUAUAUUUCCGCACAACAUGGCAAUUCGCCAACGUAACAAGUACCACCACCAUAGGCUCAGAGAAAAUAACCUGUAUAUUCAGCACCGGAGCCAAGAUGCGGGAUUCAAGUACUUCUCGAAUCGGACCAAUAUUAACCAACGUCGUCCACCCAUUCGACAUUUCCCAACUGACCACCUACGACCUCGCCGGCUUCGGAAUGAGCAGUGUAAUGGAUUACGUCCAGUUCGUGGGCAGUAUCCGAGAUCCAACGCCCGAUCCCAACAAUCCAUUUACGUAUGAGAAGAUGGGCCUUACAGCACCAUCUUCGCAACUACAACUAGCGCAUCUAUACACCUCCUGUCCCUCAACACUCGACAAGAAAACACCACCGCUAACGAGAUCUAACGGUUCCGCUGUCACAGAAGAAGACGAGGAUUACCUGUCUCUACUAAAUACCAGGAAUCACCAGCACUUCCGCUGUAACCCUUUCAUUCGAAUCCCCGCAUUCGACUGGCUCAACGUACCCGCCUGGAACUCGUGUAGCAUAAAGUUUGAACAUCGAUAUUUUGGUAUGCCAGACCCUCCUCACGCGCUGAUAUUUGACUCGGCUCUCACUCCGAUCGUACCAAUUACCCCGCCAGGUCCUGUACCAAGUCCUCGUUAUCCAAACACCAGUCAACCUGCUGCUUCUCCGGUACCUAUUGGGAUCCCAGGGCUGGCUCCAAAUACAUCUCCGGAGGCUGUGACGAAAGUGUCUGUGUAUACAGGUACAUCUACCGCCUAUUCUGAGCCCAAGGCAACAGCUCAGAUAAACAAUGCUCCCAGGCCGGGAAAUCUCGAACAUUACCCUACUGGUGGGAACGUAAGGGGAGGAAAUAACGCUCAGUCGAACACUAGACCUUCCCCUGGUAGUCUUGACCAUGGCUCAUCUGACGAUAAACUUAAUGUUGGCUUUCAAGAACCAGGAAGUAUCUCAUCAGUUGGCAGUAACACUUUGCUAGCAGGCUCGGAAAACAACCCAACUCCACAGGGCAAUACACCUCCAAAUCUCAAUAACCCAGUCUCUGAUCCUGCAUCCUACAACCACGGCGAAUUGCCGAAUUCGAAUAGCAAUCCUAAUGUAAACAAAGUAUCUCCUUUGCCAGAGAAUAUCCAACAUGAACCCUUGAGCGAACCACCAGGAGGGAACACUCCCGCAAUAUCUCACAACCAGCCUUCAAAUCCAGGCGAGCCUGUUGGACCUCAUAUUCCAAACAACCAAGAUCCAAAAUCUUUCCCAGCCGAUGGCCCUCCUCCAAUCAACAACCUUCCGCAACCUGGAGAAGAACCCCCCAUCUCAGCUAUCUCAAUAUCCCUCAUCGCCACAGAGAUAAUCUCCACCUCCCCAAGGCAAAGCCACAGCAUAACCCAAGUCUUCAACAUCCCUUUCCUCUCACCCCUCAACCCCGGCGAUAUCACCACACUUCCCCCCAAAAGCGCAGACGGAGUCUCUAUCAUUUACUCCAUGAACCACGACGGGAAUUUAGUCAUCAGUUCCCAAGGGGCUGGAACCGCGACGACUAUCCCACCAAGUAAUAACGGAGUGAAAGACGACUCGCUAGUCACGCCUCUUGAAGGGGCAGAUACAGUUGUGUACAAGGGUCAAACACUCACCAAGUCCGGUGCUGUACACACACUCUCGGCUUUAAGCGCUGUUGUAACGUAUGGCUCGCAUGGUGUUGUGAUCCAGUAUCCAAGUGGUAUCGCCUCGACGAUUCCCGUGUCAGGGCUAGAAACAAACUCCCCUAGCUCCACGAAACUUGCAAAUGCGGGAGAUGAUAGGUGUUCGACUAGUGGUGUAGCAAAAGGUAGUCUUUCAUUGGACUCUCCAUCGAAAUCUUCAGUUCAAGGUCAUAUCUUGGCUGCAGAGCCAACUACAGACGUGACUUCUGAAAAGAGACAAGUGACGGGGAGACCGGUUGCGAAAUCGACGAGUGUUAGUGGCUCUAUGAUUUUGAGGGGUAGCUUGUCCCUUUCUGUGGGGUUGGGGUUUUGGGGGUUUGUGGUAAUGUUGUGUUAA